AGGGCGCGGGGGGCGGGGAGGGGGCCCCGGCGGAUAAAGAUGGCAAUGUCUCUCAUCCAAGCGUGCCGCAGUCUGGCUCUCUCAACAUGGCUGCUUUCCUUUUGUUUCGUGCAUCUGCUCUGCCUGGACUUCACCGUGGCCGAGAAGGAGGAAUGGUAUACCGCCUUCGUGAACAUCACCUACGCCGAGCCCGCGCCGGACCCCGGGGCCGGGGCUGCGGGCGGCGGCGGCGGCGGCGCCGAGCUGCACACGGAGAAGACAGAGUGCGGGCGCUACGGGGAGCACUCGCCCAAGCAGGACGCCCGCGGGGAGGUGGUCAUGGCCAGCUCGGCCCACGAUCGCCUGGCUUGCGACCCCAACACCAAGUUCGCCGCGCCGACCCACGGCAAGAACUGGAUAGCCCUCAUCCCCAAGGGCAACUGCACGUACAGGGAUAAGAUCCGGAACGCGUUCCUGCAGAACGCCUCCGCUGUGGUUAUCUUCAACGCGGGCUCCAACACCAACGAGACCAUCACCAUGCCCCACGCAGGUGUCGAAGACAUCGUGGCCAUUAUGAUUCCUGAGCCAAAGGGGAAGGAGAUCGUGAGCCUGCUGGAAAGGAACGUCACCGUGACCAUGUACAUCACCAUUGGGACCCGGAACUUGCAGAAAUAUGUGAGCCGCACUUCGGUUGUGUUCGUCUCCAUCUCCUUCAUUGUCCUGAUGAUCAUUUCCCUCGCAUGGCUGGUCUUUUAUUAUAUCCAGAGGUUUCGAUAUGCAAAUGCCAGGGACAGGAACCAGCGCCGGCUGGGAGAUGCAGCAAAGAAAGCCAUCAGCAAGCUCCAGGUCAGGACCAUCAAGAAGGGUGACAAGGAAACAGAGCCGGAUUUUGACAACUGUGCAGUUUGUAUUGAAGGAUACAAGCCCAACGACGUGGUCAGGAUCCUGCCCUGCCGGCAUCUUUUCCACAAGUCCUGUGUUGACCCCUGGCUUCUAGACCAUCGCACCUGCCCCAUGUGCAAGAUGAACAUUCUUAAAGCCCUAGGGAUCCCGCCCAAUGCUGACUGCAUGGACGACCUACCCACUGACUUCGAGGGCUCUCUGGGAGGUCCACCAACCAACCAGAUCACAGGCGCAAGCGACACAACAGUGAACGAAAGUUCAGUCACCUUAGACCCUGCUGUCCGGACGGUGGGAGCCCUGCAGGUGGUCCAGGAUGCAGACCCCACGCCCCAGGAGGGAGAAGCCAUCUUCACCACCAACAGUGAGCAGGAGCCGGCUGGAAGCAGCGACUCAGACAUCUCCUUGAUUAUGGCAAUGGAGGUGGGACUGUCUGAUGUAGAACUUUCCACCGACCAAGACUGCGAAGAGGUGAAAUCUUGAAAUGGCGAACAUAGAAAAGAGGAGGUAGUAGGACCUAAGGGGAUGAGUGCUCCGAUAUGUGGACCGGGCACACACCUUCAGACACUCGGCAACCCCAGGACGCUCUGCUCCGUCCAAGAAUGAUAAUGAAAGCAAUACCCAAAGUCUCCUUAAUCAGGAUGCUGUUGCAUCUCCAGGACAGUCUUUGUCCUUGAUUGACAGUGUGGAAGUUGAAGGCUGAUUCUUCCCUCCCGUGUCCUUGUAGGCGUACACUUCAAAAGCUCCUAAAGUAGAGAACGAAAGGAAACCUUUAGGGUUUCUUAGUUUUAAUUCAAUUUUUCCAAGUCUUAUUGUCCUUGUUUUUCAAAGAUUGAUUUCUUUGGUGAUUUCUUUGUAAAGACUGUGUGUAGUUUACAUCUACUCGGUGUUUUGUUUUGUUUGUUUGUUUGUUUCCUUUGAUUCACUCCAGCUCUCAUGAAGAGUCCGGCUUGGAAGCACCAGUUCCUGUUAGGACUGGUUGAUAUUACAUCCCUGAGACUUCUGGUCUCGACCUCUCAGCAUGAACUGUGCAUGGCUUUGAGAAGUGCCUCGGCACCCGAAAACAGCAGGAGGCCAGCUUUCUUAAGAAUCUAAAUUCUUUUAAGUGGGUCUUGAAAAUCCCAGCUGCCAGAGACUCCCAACACUAAGUUCUAACUCUGCUGAAGUCGCUGCUCUCUAUUUUAGGGAACAUCACAGUGGCCUCCACUUUCUGGGUUCUGCCAAGGGCCACAUGAGAAAGGGGCUCCAUGGAGGUACACCCAGGUGUUUAGGGUCUUUGGCUAAAAUUCUGAAAUCAGAAGUCCCCUCCAAGGUAUAAAUGCCAAUCUUUGGCGGCUGCUUAUGAGACUGCAGACCUAAAUUGAAAACCCAAGAUCACGCAUUCUUUCCAUUGAAACCAAAAUACCCAUUGUGCUGAUUUCCCCAAGGUUAGAGCAAGUAGUCAGCUCCUUAGGUGGGUUCUGCAGGGGAUGGAAGCUUUAGAAAAAACUCAAUCCUCUUUAAGCCCAGUGGUAAAUACAGUGGGGGGCUGCAGUAGACUGUACCUUACUGCCUAUACCCUUCUGUUAACCUCACCAGACCAUGUGCAAGGAUUGAGGUGAAUCCUCAGUAGAUAACCUUCCCAGGGGUCCCCUGAGAGUGUGCAGAUACCAAGUAAGGAAUGAGGUGUCACUUGAUAAAUCAUUUGAACCAAAAAAGUACUGCAUAGGAAUUUGCUAAAUCAAGCUAAUCCUGAUUAAGAAAGACAAAUAAAAGGGAGAAAAGAAAGGGGUAUCCAAUGAGUUCUAAAAUCCACCUGUGUUUUUAAAAUGUUUGCUUCUUUUUUUUUUUUUUGUAACUAUGAUGGAAAUGUGCUAUUUUUCCAGUGGGUAAUUUUGUAACGUAUUCAGACUAUCCAUAAUGCAGAGAUGACAGGCAGUGACCUGUGUCCCCAGACAAUCAGAUGGGCCACCUUAUCAUCUCUAAGCAACUGACAAUGUCCAUGCUGCUGCUUAGACUAGCUACAAAGGAGAGCUUUUUCUCACUGAGCUGUAUUUUCAUAUUUGAUGAGAGCUUUUACACCUCAUUGUGCUACCACUCACUGAAACACAGAGCGUGGUCCUGCUGUCCACCCUCGCGUCGGCUUCAGUGUGGAGUGCAGGUGGAGGAAUACCUGCUCUCCUUUUUCCACCACCUUUAAUGAUUUUCCAUCUGGUGGUUUCUAAGUAGGCAGCAAGCAGGGAAAAUGAUGCCCCCCUUCAGGCAGGCAUAUGUCCCUAUAUUUUAUUUAACCCAACACUUCCUGUUAUAAAAGCCAGCCUCUAGGGGUAGGGAAAACAGGCAGGAAGAAAUGAGGAGAGCGCCAACUCAGGGGACAGGAGUCCUUGACCAGCUACCCCCUUGUGAGGCCCUGGCUACUCCACCUGUUGAGUGAAGAGUGUUGCAGGAUAAUUCCCAAAGCUCCUUCUAGCUUUCGGAUCCCAUUGAGCACUUGGCCAGUGGGAUCCAUUUUUUGCAGGUAGCCAUGUCUUUUAGCAAGCAGGCUUUAUAGCUAGGGAAGACAUAGUGACUUGUCACAUGUAAUAACAGUCUCUGAGAUUGGGUACUCCUGUGUGGCUGAGAAAAAGAUAUAAAUGAUAUGAGUUUUAAAACCAAGUAGAAGUUGGUUUGUUCUGCCUCGUUCCGGAACUAUUGUUAGUCACAUAGUUCUCAAUCUCUGGAUACCUUUGAAGCCUCAUUCUCCCUGUGGAAUUCCUAAUCUCAGUGAUGUUUAUUUUUCCUUUUCGACCUACAUCACCUGUUCUUCUUUCAGUAAGCUGUGCCCACAAAACUUUUGUAUUAACUUAAAUAUAGAGGAAUUAGGGUAGGUCAACAACGAUAGGAAUAUUACUGUAUUCUAUACCCAGAGAGAAAAUGCCCUUGGCCUGUAUAGAGCUCUGAUAAGUAUUUUAUCUUCUUACCAAUGAUCAGGUAAAUCAAAAUUUGGUUGCAUAUGCAAUUCUUGGCUACAGCCACCCCUACAGAAUACUGAGUGGAUGAUAUGGGAACCCAGAAGCCCAUCCAAGGCCUGUAGGUCCAACCUCUAAGAGAUUCUGCUGCAAACACCCCAAGCCUGUGAGAUUUUUCCAAUUACCAGAAGGUUUUGAAGGGCUUUCCCUGUGGCCUUGGUAAUUUAAAAACAAAAAAUUUUAACCACAAAAUUUGUCUUUCAAAAGAAAUGACAAAAAUCCUUCCUGGUAGCUUUCUUUACUUUCUCCCCCAAAUAAGAGAUUGACCUGGGGACCCAGUGGUCCUCACAUGAGGGUCAACAGGGUACAUGACACGUAAUGCAAUCUAUAUGUAUAUUUGCAGAUGUGCAUUUUUCUGUAGAGAAGGUAUAGACCAAUAUUAUCCAGUAGAAAUAUGAUGAAAGUCUAUGACUUUAAAUUUUCUACCAGCCACAUUUCAAGAAGUAAAACAAAACAGGUAAAGUCAUUUUUAUAAUAUGUUUUAUUUGACUCAGUAUUUUUGUUUACAUGUAAUUGGUGUAAAAAACAUCAAGGAACUAUGUCCCAUUCUUUUUUUGUACUGAGUCUUCUAAAUCCAUUGUGUCUUUUGCUCUCACUGAACAUCUCAAUUUGGACUAGACAAAUGUCAAGCACUAAUGGCCACUUGUCUAGUGGUGACCGAUUAGGCAGCAUAAGUCUAGAGCUCCUCCAGUAUUCCUCCCUUAAAGAAGAGUAAAGUAAAAACCUUAAUUACCUCCAGGGAGAACCACAUACCACCCAGUUGCCUAAUGAGAGGCCCAGAGAUCCACAGAUUUUGUAAUGAAUAAAGAUUCAGCAGCCCUUUUUGAAAUUUCUACUUGAAUUUCUAUCAACUAUAUCUGUUAUCAUUGACUGUCACUUCUCUGACCAGUUUUGUUUGUUUUUUUUUUAAGUCACACAAACCAUGUGGAUUUGGUGCUGAAAGAAAUGUUAUCCCUCACUUCUGUGACAAACCCUUAGGCUAAAAGGUGGUACUUAGGAGCCAAAGAGAAUUUCAGACUGAAAUCAUCCAACUGUUCCUCAUCCUCUAGUUCUUCUUCGUGGUUGACAGAAGGUCUGUACCCUCACCCUAAAGCUCCAGCUAGUAUUCAUGUAUUUGGGAGGAAAGAGUGAAAAAUUACAUAGUAACUCUACAUAUAAGACUUUGUGUGGCCUUACUGAGAAAGAAUCUUUGGGUCUUGUGACAUUAGCCUCUGCUUGGUGGCUUGUGACCACCUCCGGCAGCCAGUUUUCCUCUCACCAUCAGCAUUCCCCAUAACCCCAAGGCUGUGGGGAAGAAAACCUUGGCAUUUGCUGAGAAUAAUUUAGAGUCGCCUUUAGGAAUUGCUGCUUCUUGUGUGGCUAGUCCUUUUAGAAGAGCUGAGCCCUGAUCAUAAAUAUGGCAUUUGAGUAUUGAUUGUUCACUAAGGUUUGAUCAGCCUUGGAAGGUCAGCUGUAGUCACCCAGCCAAGGGGACAGGUAGAAAGUCUGGAGAAGGUAGAAAGAUAAAAGCAGCAAAGACUCUGAGCUGAUUUGAUAUCACAUGGCAGGGGAGUCCUUGUGACUGUGACUGUGUUUCAUAAGAGGUUUUCAUGCUGUUUUCUUUUGCUGUUAGCACUUCCUCAUCCCAGUGGAACACGUGGGUGGGUGCUCACGGGUCUGGGUGUGAUCAUCUCCAAAGUCACAGUGCCCAGUGGCCAUCUCAAUUUCUUCCCUGACAUCCCUGUGGCUACCAUACUUUCAGGACCAAACAUGAUGACAGAUACUCUAACAUAGGAUUCUUUCUCAUUUCUGACUUUUGUUUGGGCAGAAGCAUUUUUACAGAGCAUAGGAAGUAAAUGGCAUGUGGUUGUCCAUUGAAUGCAUCACCUUGACUGAAUGCAGAGAAAUCUCACAGAAUCAAAACACUUUCAGAAAAUCUGGGGUAUGGAGUCCCUCCCAUGUGCAGCAAGCACCCACCCCUCUGUGGUACUUGGGCCACUAAGGCUAUGUCCAGGAGCAUUUUUCUAUUCUCUUACUUGUACUUCUUUAUCUUUCCUUCUCUGUGUGUAUGUGUUUGUACAAUAAAACACACACAGGGUGUCUGUCUGUCUGUCUUUUCCCAUAUUCCCUUUCCUCCUCCUUUCUUUUUUCCCAUGUUCCAUUUUUUCUUAUUUUCUUCUCUUGCAAGAAAAAAAAAAAAAACAAUCCAUGGCCACAGAGUUGCUCUUGUAUUGUGAUUACUUGUUACUCGUGCUGGAGUUUUUCUUCUUUUUAUUGUGUGCUCAUACCCGUGAUUCUUACUUCUGAUAGGAAAGCCAGGUCACUUUAGAGGCAAAUUAAGUUCCUCCUGAAACCAGGGAGCCUCACCUUCAUUUCUCAUAUCAAUUUUGUCUCAAGCGCCAACCCUUACCUUUUUUUUCUUUUUUCAUAUUUUCUUGUCAGAAAAGUUUCCUAGGAAAUGAUGGAAAAUUCCAGAAUGCUGUCUACAUCUGUGAUCUUCCACCACUAGACUUUUUGACCUUCCUAGUUCACCAUGUGCCCCUAGAGUCAGGAUUGUUGUACUGUAUCUGAGACCCACUCAUGCUUUUUAAAUUGAAGCACAACAGCUGCUCUUUAUAAGUGAUCAGAGGGCCACUUAAAACUCACAAAGAGGCCCAAAGAGACUAUCCUCAAAAAGUGGGGUCUCUCUGGUUCCUUGUGCAGUGUCCAGUGUCUCAGAAGCCCCUGUCCAUGCUGUUCCAUGUCCAGGACUGAUGAGCACAGCUAAUGAUGAAGCUCCAAUGGGACCAGACCCGUCCGUACCCUGCAGGGAGGUAGGAGCAGAGACUGCCAAGAGCUGGUCAAAGCAGGGCUGGAAGCUUCUGCGAUGAGAAAUGCCCAUCACCUGCACUAAGAGCUGGUCUGAGCUUUAUGGGGGGGGGGGGGCUUAAGGAAUUAAAUAUUCAUGAGCUGAAACCCUCAUAAUUGUGAAAAUUAAGACAGCCUGAAAAAUAAGUGAAUUCUGAGAAGUAGGUAUGAGGGUCUCCUGAGAUCUCAUUACCAUUUACCCCUCUCCUUUCCCUGCUUUCCUCCCACCUCACAACCCCAGACCCUUCGUCAUGGGAAUGGUAGUGUGGAGAGAUCCUUAGCCAGUCGUCCCUUUUGAGCCUUUUAAUGGCACUGAGUUACCAUCCCAGAACUAAAGUGAGUCCAGAUCCUGGUUGUGCACCCUUUAAUUGCAAAACCUGCUUGUUCUACAAGACCCUGAAGAGGUCAGUUACAUCUCCUUCCCUGCCUCCUGUGCUUCUUAAUCAAGUGGCUUUUCCAGGAGCCCCUGUCAUCAGAGCUGGUCUAAUCCUGUGCUACUAUUGAUGUUUGCACUUACUCCAGGGCUGUUGGCUCUGAACACCUGAUACGUAUUCACUGAUGAUAACGAUAAGGCAAGAGAAUGCAUCUCUUCAGAGGCUGCAUUCUGAACACAGGAAGAGAGAAAAUCCAUGGUGUAGGGCACUCCACCGCCUGAGUGACCCAGCCAUUCUGGGCAGAAUGCCUGUGGGCUUGUCCUUCAUACUCAAGGGAGGGACUUGGGGACACAGAGAAAUGUGAGGACCAUGUGUGCUAUAUAAACCAAAGACUGAUCGCCAUCCAAAUAGACACAUGUUUCUUCCAUUGACUAAAUUUUCUCCUAAUGUUCUCACAAAUAAAAGGGAGGGGGUGUUCAUUGUUAAAUGAAACUUUAGGGGAUUUCUCUUGCAGGCUGUUGACUGACCUUCCUAAAUCUAGAAAUCUAAAAUAAAUGACUUGUGGCCUGAGUACCACACCAUCUGGAAAAUCUAAUGUCUAGGCCCCUUUUUCUGCAAAACUUUCAGAUAAAUCUAGCGCUUUAUUGAACUCAGAAUAUUGUUCUCUUUGAGAAUGUGAAGAUUUUAAAUAGCCAAAGAAUUUUCAUGUAUAAGAGCUAGCCUGUGGCAGUAUAUCCUGCUCUUUGAAGACAAUAACAAACUGUUGCCCGUUCUGAUCGUCAGCAGAGCAGCUAAGGAAGACGCGUGGACUUAGCAGUCUGAAUUAGUGCUGGCCUCAGAGGUACCUACUGUUCUGUAGGAUGAUAUUGCAAGGGGUAGGGUGCCCUCUGCUGGAACAAUACUGCUACUCUUUCAGCAAAUUAAUUUGGCUUGGGUCACCAUUCCUCCCACAAUUUGUUAUUUGCCUUCCAUCACAGUUUUCUUCCUCAUUAGUUGAACAUUCAGUCUACGUUUAUCAAAAGAGGAAAGAAUGUCACAAACUCUGAAAAGUUAAAAGUUUGAGACCUCGUGGAAGAUCUUCAGCCCUUUCUCCUGCAAAAUGUCGACGUGGACUCUUGCUCUGUUUGCAGAGAAGACGCCUCUAGUUAGAACAUGUGUCCGGAGCUCUGAGCAGAGGUCUGCCUGACCCGUAACUUACCAGCUCGCUUCUCGUGAAAUCGCGAAGGAAGAUCCAUAAAAGACCUUCUUUCCUGUGAAUGCAAGCGGUGUGAAAUGCUGAUGUGUUUGGUACAUGUACAUACUAUAUUUACUUCCUGCUUUCACAUUAGUAAUCUGAAAUGGUUGUACCAGUUUAUAAUUAGAAAGAUUCUGGGGUGGGAGAGGGUGGGGAGGGGCUGUUAUUUUUAUAGUGGGAUGUCCCUUAUAUUUAGAAAACUUGAAGUCAUUUUGUAUUUGUGAAAAUUACAUUCCAGCCAUUUCCUGUGGGAAAACAAUUGAAAAGUACCAUUCUUUCAAAUGUUCAUGAGCUGGGGGAAGAUGAUUCUCCUGAGCAGUACAUGUGAGACACCCAGUUUUGUAGGCAGCACCCAGUUUUGUAGACAGCAGACCAGACCACAACCAGCAAUUGCCAGUUUAAAAAUGGGGGUGGUGGCAUUCCAACUCUUUUGAGCCCUUUGUAUAGCACAUCGUUAUUUUCCACUGGGAGAAAGAAGCUACAAAGAAUGAUUUUUACAAUUAUGAACUAAUCAGACAUGACAUCAUAAUCAAUCUCCAGCACCUCCCUAUUAGCAAGAGGGGAAUCCACUGGUUUUAUUUUUUCUUCUUAACACCAUUUGCUCUGUUUUAAAGUGAACCGUGUUGCAGUUUGCAUUUCACUAGGCUUCCAGAGGUCUUCAGUCCCAUCUCAUCUUUCCAUAGUCAGAUCAAGAUCUUCCUUGAUUUAGUUGCCAUCUGAAUCAAAAAUCACACACACAAAAACAAAAUACUCCCAGUGGCUUUUUCGUGGGGAGUUUUGAAUUUGGACUCUGGUGAACUCCUAAUUGAUGAAGUAAUGUGGUAGUGGAUUAUAUAGCCAUCUCACCCAAGCACUGUUUUCUGUACAUAGUCAUCUGCAUAUUCAGAGGGUGGUUAAGGCAGUACAGUUGUUCGUGUUUUAUGUAUAGAUCUCCUUUCCUCUUCCCCUUCACAGGCACCUGCCCUACUCUUUUCAAAGCACUUUAUCUCUUAAUAUACAAAGAAAUUUGGAAUUUUUUUUAAAAAAACCUGUCUUUGAAGGAAUUGGUCUUCUAUUAGAAGACAGAUUUUUAUUUUGCUUUAUUCUAUUCUCUGUGUGCUUGGAGAGCAUCAACAGUUUGUGUCAUGCUGGGCUAGUGAGGAGACAGUGAGGAUGAUAGUUGGUUGCAACCAUACCACAUGACUAUUUUGUUAUAUAGAAGACUACAAUGUAAAUAAGUACAAUCGUGUUCUUAUGUACUGGUUAAAAAAUAUAUAUUGCAACUAUCAAGGUUUUAACACAAGGGUUGUGAAUUGCAGGAAAUUUCACUGCAAAAUUUUGUUUGGUUUUGUUUUUUAAUAAAAUGGAACCAUA